ACGUGACCACACUGUUCAUCUCUCUUCGCUCUGCGUCAAUUGUUGAGACUGCUAGCAAACAGCUAAAAUGGGAAAGGAAAAGACCCACAUUAACAUCGUGGUCAUCGGCCACGUCGAUUCCGGCAAGUCUACCACUACCGGUCAUCUUAUCUACAAAUGCGGUGGUAUUGACAAGCGUACUAUCGAGAAGUUCGAGAAGGAGGCCCAAGAAAUGGGCAAGGGUUCCUUCAAGUAUGCUUGGGUCUUGGACAAACUGAAGGCAGAGCGUGAACGUGGUAUCACCAUUGAUAUCACUCUGUGGAAGUUCGAAACUCCCAGGUACUACGUCACUGUCAUUGACGCUCCCGGUCACCGUGAUUUCAUCAAGAACAUGAUUACAGGCACAUCUCAGGCUGACUGUGCAGUGCUGAUUGUCGCCGCCGGUACUGGCGAAUUUGAAGCCGGCAUUUCCAAGAACGGUCAGACCCGCGAGCAUGCCCUGCUGGCGUACACGCUGGGAGUGAAGCAGAUGAUUGUUGGCGUGAACAAGAUGGACACAACUGAACCCCCAUUCUCCCAAGCUCGUUUUGAGGAAAUUCAGAAGGAAGUGUCUGCCUACAUCAAGAAGAUUGGCUACAACCCUGUGACUGUCCCCUUUGUGCCAAUUUCUGGCUGGAACGGAGACAACAUGUUGGACGCCAGUCCAAACAUGUCCUGGUACAAGGGGUGGUCCAUUGAGCGCAAGUCUGGCAAGUCUGAAGGAAAGUCCCUUCUGCAGGCCUUGGAUGCCAUGGAGCCCCCUACCCGUCCCACCGACAAGCCCCUGCGUCUUCCACUGCAGGAUGUCUACAAGAUUGGAGGUAUUGGCACAGUACCCGUGGGCCGUGUUGAAACCGGUGUCCUCAAGCCCGGCACUGUAGUCACCUUUGCCCCUGCCAACCUGACCACUGAAGUAAAGUCUGUUGAAAUGCACCACGAGGCCCUGACGGAGGCUGUGCCCGGUGACAACGUGGGCUUCAACGUCAAGAACGUUUCCGUCAAGGAAUUGAGACGUGGCUACGUCUGCGGAGACUCCAAGGAUACCCCACCCAAGGCAACCGAGGAGUUCACUGCCCAGGUCAUUGUGCUGAACCACCCUGGCCAGAUUUCCAACGGCUACACGCCCGUGUUGGACUGUCACACCGCACACAUUGCCUGCAAGUUCCGCGAGAUCAAGGAGAAGUGCGACCGUCGUUCUGGCAAGAAGCUGGAAGACAACCCCAAGUCCAUCAAGUCCGGUGAUGCUGCCAUCAUCGAGUUGGUUCCCACAAAGCCCAUGUGUGUGGAGACGUUCACGGACUUCCCUCCCCUUGGCCGUUUUGCCGUGCGUGACAUGAGGCAGACCGUGGCCGUAGGAGUCAUUAAGUCUGUGAAGCCCAAGGACCUCUCUGGUGGCAAGGUGACGAAGGCUGCGGAGAAGGCCCAGAAGAAGAAAUAACUAUGGCUUGGCUGGGCCGCAGCCACCUUGGCAGGCCACGGGGCCGGAAAGGGGCUCCUGGCGCACUUCCGUUUGAUUGCUCUUUUUCUCAACAUUUGGUUGCUGUGUCAGUGUCAUCGCAAGGAGUUCAGGAGGAAAAAAUGCUGUGCCCCUUAUCCCCCCCAUGUUGAAACAAAGUUGUUGUCCAUUGGGUGUUUCUAUUUUAAAGUGACAGAAUAAAGGUCAAGCUGUACCUCAGA